AGGCCCGGCGAGGGGCACGCGCCGCACUCGGGAAGGGGCGGUGGGGCCGGUGGCGGGCCCGGGGCGGGCCCGGAGCCGCAGGGAUGUACACGCUGACGCGAGGCCCCAGCAAACUGGCCACGCAGCGUCGCACAGGUCCGACGCAGCAGGCGGUGGAGAGCAGCAAACUGGGCGAGCUGCGGGGCCGGCUGCAGCCCGGUGCCUGGCCCCCCGCCAGCCCAGCCCAGAAGCUCGUCUUCAACAGAGUGAAUGGCAAGAGGCCGCAGGUGCUGCUGCCGCAGAUCUCUGCCCCCGAGGAGUGCUACACAUUGGCCCACGAGGAGAAUGUUCGCUUCGUCUAUGAGGCCUGGCAGCAGGUAGAGCAGCAGUUGGACGGCAUCCGGAGCGGAGAGAGCGCCUGUGGGCCUGUGCAGUAUGUGGAGAAAACUCCCAACCCCGGACUGAAAAACUUUGUUCCCAUUGACCUGGAGGAAUGGUGGGCACAGCAAUUCCUGGCCAAGAUCCAAAACUCUUCAUAAAAGGGAAGAAAGGUUUGGCUUUGGGUUUUGGUGAAGGAAGAAACAACACUGAGAGUGUUCUGGUCAGAACCCAGAAUUGGUGGCAUUUGUAGAACCACCUUUUGAAAAGGUGACUGAAAUGAAGCAACCUCUGCGCUGCCAGCCCGGCCAGGUCAGCGGGCACCGGACCACAGCCAUGCCUGGCAUGGAGGAGCAGUGGGUGGCCCCAGCCAGGAUUCCUUAAGUGCCAGUUCUCGGACUGCUGCAGCUCCUGCAGCCUCUCCAGCUCCCAGGGACACUGCAGUGCCGUGCUGGGGACAAGGGAGCGAAUCCCCCACCCCCCUGUGGCUGUGCCCAUGGGGAGAGGGCCCUGGGGUGCUGUAGCAGGACCCCCAGACAAUAAAGAGCUGAAACUGCC